CUCCGCCUCCCUUCUCAGCUAACUUCCUUUCAGCAUUUUUUUGAGCUGGAUAAUCCUAGGAUUUGUAAAACGGGGGAAAGGAGAGAGCGAGCGAGCGAGAGUCAGGACAGGAAGCUGGUUUCUCAUUCCACUAACUGUCCAAAGGCAGGAGGAGGGGAAGGGGGGGAGCCAAAGAGGAGCCUUGUGUAGAGUCUUCCCCGGUCCUUUUUCAUUAGUCCGUUUGAACUUCCAGUCUCCUCUGAAAGCUGAGAGAAGGACGACCAGACUGGGACGCUUUCUGCUGGAAGUGGCGACAGUGCAGCUGACAAAACCCAGAAGGUGGCUGUGGAGAGUCCUGGGACUGUGCUGAGGGAAAGACGUUCUCCCCAUCAUCGCCUGCCCCCAAUUUGCCAGCUCUGAUGUGGGCACCCGUCCACCACCCACUUCCCUCUGAUGAGAACCCUUCCGGGCUCGGGCUAUGAUCACUGCUGCUGCUGGCUGGGGAGCCUCCUCUUGUGCUGACUUUCCUUUGCCACAGGAGCAGCCCAACAUCUGGUGGGGAUUAAUGUUUACUUCUCCAGCUGGACGCUGUACAAGACCCCCGAUGUUACUCCCUGGGAGCGGGACACGGGUGGUGGUCUGAGAAGAGCAAGAUUUUUGUCACCCAGCGUGAGGCUGGGGGGAGGGGGGCAAGGUAGGAGGGGGGUAAACCUCUUUUGGGACUAACCUCAUGAAGAACAAGGGAGCCAAGCAGAAACUCAAGAGGAAGGGAGCUGCGAGCGCAUUCGGCUGUGACCUGACGGAAUAUCUGGAGAGCUCUGGGCAGGAUGUACCCUAUGUGCUGAAGAGCUGUGCGGAAUUCAUUGAGACUCAUGGCAUUGUGGAUGGGAUCUACCGCCUUUCAGGAGUGACAUCCAACAUACAAAAGCUGAGACAAGAAUUUGUUUCUGACCAAUGCCCAGAUCUGACGAGGGAAAUUUACCUCCAGGACAUCCACUGCGUGGGGUCGCUCUGCAAACUGUACUUCAGGGAACUGCCCAACCCUCUCCUCACUUAUGAGCUCUACAAGAAAUUCACGGAAGCAGUAUCACGCUUUCCUGAGGAUGAGCAGUUGGCAAGAAUUCAAAAUGUUAUCCAGGAGCUCCCCCCAUCGCAUUACAGAACACUGGAAUACCUGAUCAAGCACCUGACUCACCUGGCCUCCUUCAGCAAUAUGACCAACAUGCACACCAGAAACCUGGCCUUGGUGUGGGCUCCCAAUCUCCUCAGGUCAAAGGAGAUCGAGGCAGUUGGCUGCAAUGGAGAUGCAGCUUUCCUGGAGGUGCGAGUGCAGCAGCUGGUGAUCGAGUUCAUCCUGAAUCAUGUGGAUCAGAUCUUCAGCACAAACAGAAAAGCUAGCUGUGCAGAGAGCAUUGAGAGUGCAUCAGUUGUGAAAAGUCUGACCCUCCCCUCAGCUUCCCUGCCAAUGAAACUGGUAAGCCUGGAAGAAGCGCAGGCACGGAGUCUGUCUGCCUCCCACCCUGCUCGGAAGGAGAGGAGAGAGAACAGCUUGCCUGAAAUUGUACCUGUAACUGGGUCCCUCUUUCACACAGUUGUUGACCUCCCUGACAGCAAGAGAAAAUUGUCUACCAAGUCCAAGAAAUGGAAGUCAAUAUUUAACUUGGGCCGUUCUGGCUCAGAAUCAAAGUCUAAACUGAGUCGAAAUGGAAGUGUCUUUGUAAGGGCACAGAAGCUCUCUGAAAAAGCAACUAUUCGGCCUGCGAAGAGCAUGGACUCGCUGUGUUCUCUGCCGGUGGAAGGGGAUGAUGAAAAGAGCAGAUUCAAGAGGACAGUGACUACUGGAGGGUUUUUUGUUCCGAUGAUGAAGAUGCGGACAGGAGGCACAGGCAGCUCAUAUGACCUCAGCAAGGAGAAUGAGUGGGAGCAGGAAGGAUCCGCCAUGGGGGCCAAAGGAAGCUCAGACCUGAGUGGAGAGAAAGGUCCUCCCCGGACACCUCAGGCAAAGUCACCCCCUGAGCAGCUGAAAGUCUUCCGGGCAGCAGAGGACGCUGAAACUGAGCAGACUUCCUCCAAAGGUGGCCGCAUGUUCUACACCUCCGAAACAGCCUCCAAGUCUGGCUUCCCAAGCAGCCUCUUUCCCUUGGAGGCAUCCCCUCGUCACCAGAGGAAAGCCCUGAACAUCUCAGAGCCUUUUGCCGUCUCUGUCCCUCUGCGGGUAUCUGCGGUCAUCAGCACCAACAGCACUCCCUGCCGUGUCCCUGCCAAGGAGAAGCUUUCCCUCUCCAGCCUGGAGGAAUUGUCUUCCUUGGUGGCCGAGGGCGCAAGCCCCUCUUCCCUGGAAGCGGGGACCCACACAAGGACAGAGCAGGUGCUGGAGCAGAAGGAGAAACAGCUGGAGUCCACCCUACCAGCAGCAACAUCCAGAGGCUCUCACCCUGAGGAGUCGUUGACAAGCAGGAAGACUGAGCCCUUAGAAACUCCACAGCCAGCAGCAGAAAAUCAGGAGAUGUUAUGUGGGCAAAGCAACUGCACAAGCAGCACCAGCAGCACCCAGCAGUCCUCAGAGAAGAGUCCCACCUUGGAACAAACACCAUCCUCAGAGGUUCAUAUGGGGCCACUCCCUGCAGACAAAGCAGAGCAAGGACAACUCAAGACGAAGGAUGUCUCCUCAGAAGGCAGCUGUGCCCAGCAGGAGUGUGACACGGCUAAGACAGAAGAAAGGUCACGCUUAAGAGAUGUGACUGAGAAUCCUGCGAAUGCCCUUCUAGAACCGCUGUGGCCAGAGAUACAGCAGGAACUGAAAAUUAUUGAACCUGAAGAGGAGCUUCUGCUCUUACCAGCAGCUGUCCCCAAGAGGGGCCUAAUUUCUGAACCUUCUUCUUCAGUACAAACAGAUAGUUCUUCCUCAGGGAAGAGUCCAAUUCUGUCUGAGCAGAAAUCUGAAAGUAGAACACCACAGAUAAAAACUCAGGUGACAUUAUUUGGUGCCACUAGCACGGAACAACAAGACAGCCUCCACAACUGCCAGUCUGAUGUAGUUGCACAGCAGAGCUGUGCUUCAGCCCUACUCAAACUGGGUACUCUUCCAACCAGCGCAGCCCCUCCAAAGAACCACCACCCAGUGGUGGACAGUAGGAAUGAAUGUCUCACUCGUCCCCUGGACUGGAAGCUUAAUAGUCAAUCAGAAUUUAAUGAGGUUGCCUCAAAUGAUGAAUUUUCUUGUUCCAAAGGAGGACAUCCAGAGUCAGGGAGAGAAAAACAUAGCAUUUGCCAGCUGCAGAGGGAAAAGGAUGGUCUUACUAGAGUCCAGACUCAGAGGGAGAAGUCUGAGAUAAUGAUUGCUGAUGAAAGGGACACUUUGUCCUCCAAGGCACUGAGUGGAGCUGGAAUCCAGGAGCUGAAGGAGGGUAGUGCAGUUAGCAGAAUCCAUGAUGCUGGUGACCAGGAUGAUGAGGAUACCUGGACAGAUAAUGUGCAAAGCUUAGAACUUGUGGAGCCAUGGGAGGAUCACCAGUGGGUUACAAGCCCACUACAUUCCCCCACCUUUAAGGACAUUCAGGAGGUACAGGAGUUUCAGCCACAGAGCCAGAGAACAGGGACAGGCCUUUCUCUGAGACCACGAUUCAGUCGCAGCCUCUCCCUGGACAGUAAAGACACAGUGAUGAGUCUGUGGACGAUCCCGUUCUCUUUCAUAGAUGCCACUGACCAGGAACAACCGUGCAGUGACAUUUUGCCAGUGACUCGUGAGCUGCCCAAAACACAGCUCAUCUCUUCCUCUACUCUGAGCAAAGCUCAGCGGGAUGGAAGUGACACAAGUCCUCCAGAAGAACCUUCAAAACCUGAGGAGCUGAGGUACCCUGCUAGCAGGGAUGAAGCACUGACUGAGAAAGAAGGAUCCUCUAAAAUCCCGCUUUCAGGGCCAGAAGAAAAGAAAGUGGAUGUGAGCAAAGAAAACCCUUGGACCUCAAAGCCUGAGCUGUCUUUACCAUACCAAAAUAGCCCAAGCGGUUCUUCACAGGCAAAGAACACAGAGAAGGAGUUACCUAUGUCUCAGGACACUGCUCUGGGAGAAGAGACUAUUACCAAAGCAUUGUGCUCUCCCACUGAGUCACAGAGGAGUAAUAAAGGUGAAGAAACACCUCGCAAAGUGAAGACUAGGCCGUCAUCCCUCAACUUGGAUUCACUUCUUUCAGCCCCAGAUUUCUUCACAUUUGAGAGCCUUUCCAUGCCUUCUGCCCCUGGGAACCUCCUAUGUGGUCAGAAGGAAGUAAAAAGCAGUGAUUCUGUUCCAUCUUUGCCCACCACCUGCCCUGCUGUCAGUAAAGGCAUUCCCUGGGGGUCUCAUUUCAACGCCCAUGUGGAUCUAGACUUGGAUUACCUGGCAGUAGCCCAUGCCACCACUGGCCGUCGUAAUUCUGCCCCUGUCAGUGUCUCGGCAGUCAGGACCUCCUUCAUGAUUAAGAUGUGCCAGGCUAGAGCAGUGCCCGUGAUACCACCUAAGAUUCAGUACACCCAGAUCCCUCAGCCCCUGCAGGCUCAGAAUGCCACUCUGUCAGCUGAGAAAAAGGAAGCAGAAGCCAAGCAGACCAUCAGGCAGACUCAACAGGUGGCAUGGAGCCGUCUGGAGGACCCCAAGAGCCCACUGACAGAGAAGAAAGCCAAAGCAGAGAAAGAAAACAGUGAUCCAGCUCAAAAGGACUCAACCUGUCCUUGGCACAACAGCCUUGGCUCUCCACUGGAGCCAUCACAGUCCAGUCAUCACCCUGCUCUGGAUGCUCCUGUUCUGCGCCGAAAGCGCACCUCUGAGGGAGAGGCAUCUGGAGAUAACCCACAGUCCUCAAAGAUGGAGAGGCCAUCAGGGUUCUCUAAGCCUUCCUACAGAUCUAGGCCCGGAAGGCCCCAGAGUCUGAUUCUCUUCAGUCCUCCUUUCCCCAUUAUGGACCAUCCCUCCUCUUCAGCAGACUCCAGGGUCUUGUUAUCACCCAUAAGGAGCCCCACUCAGACCACAUCUUCAAGCCCCAUUUGUGGUGAUAUGUCUGAGACUUCAUGGACAACGCCUGAGGGGGUGACGCUGCGGAACAAAAUGACCAUCCCCAAGAAUGGCCAGAGACUGGAGACCUCUACCAGUUGCUUUUACCAGCCCCAGAGGCGCUCUGUGAUUCUGGAUGGACGAAGUGGGAGGCAGAUUGAAUAACACCUGCUUCUCUUAUUCUUUUUCUGUAGUGGAUGAGAUGAGAGUGUCCAAGACCAACUUUGUUGCCAUUUUGUUGUUGUUAUGACUAUUUUGUGCAAGAUGGACCCAAACCCUUUACAGUUUCCUGCAAAGCGUUUUACCAGAGGGUCAUAGUCUUUUUGUCAUGCUUUUCCUUCCCUUUCUUUCCCCUGCCUAAUCCCUCACUGUCUGCUUUUUUUUUUUUUUGUAAGCCAGUCUCAAGGAACUUGCAUUUCCUCAUACUUAUUGUCUUAUAAGCCCUGUGAAAGUCUCAUCCUCCCUAUGGAAAAAAAGGAAAAAUAAAUCUUGGUAUAAUUAGAAAAUAGGGCUGGGAGGAAAUACUGUUCCAAAGCACUACAACCCAGAGUGCAGGGGCACAACAUCUGCUGAAGUGGUUAGUCCAGAUGUUUGGGACCUCCUUCCAUUGUUUCCCAGCUACCAGUGAAGGACCAUACCUAUCAGUCCCUGUUGUCUGAAUUGGUGUAAAUAAACAGUGCAGCAGACUGGGGAUAGCUGAAGAGAAAGGUGAAGCUGGAGUAAGCAAGUCACGCAGGAUGUGAGACAUCCAAGGAGGUUUCAGUGACAACAUACAACCUGAAGGCACUGCCUCCAGCUCUGUCCUUACAUCAAAGAUGUGCUCUUUCCAGCAUGUGCAAGGGCUGGAAUGAAAGUAGUUGGACAGGAGACACCUAAAUGUUCUUUUAGUCUUCAAGUCCUGCUCAUGAGUUUUGUUGUGCUCAGCCAUGCCUUCCUUGGGCAGACAAGAUCUGUGUAACUGGGGAAUAAGUGUGUAACUGGCUGUUGAGUGGCAGAGCUUUCUCAGGCUGCUAUCAAUGAGAGCAAAGAUACGGUCAUAGCAAAGGCCAGUAUCAACUCUUUUCAUAAUUUCUUACAGCAGAUGAUACCUCUACAACUAUCUUCAGCUGUGCUCUACACUGCCAACAGCAGAGAAAAGAAGAGGAUUUUCUGAUCUGCAUGUCCUUGCAGCCUUGCAGUCUUGCAGCCUGGCUGACAUAUAUUUGACUUCUGGUCUUUCAUUGCCACUGUGUGGCAUAUCCCCAGGUGCUUCUUCCUCCUUUAAACUUACUCUCCUUGUGAUUUUAUACUGUUUCUUUGAGAGCAUAGCUGUUUGUCCCCUCCCUGCCCCUCGGUGCCUUCAAAUUGAUUAAAAGUAUGGUAAAGAGGAUGAUUUGUGGAACUGCCCAACGGAUCAUGAACAAUAUCCUGAGAGGGGGAUUUGAAGCGAAUUAAAUUCUCUCCUGAAAGGCUGUUAUUGUUACAGGCAAAUACACAUUCAUAUAAGCAACAGCUGCCACAGGAAUAGAAUUAAAUCUUCCUUUAUAAAUCCUCUAACUCUAUGUUAACCGCAGGCUCAUCUAUUGUCUAGAAUGUCACUGUGGGCGACUGCAAAGUCAGGUACAGCUCGUGCUGUUUCUGCAAUUUAAAUGUCACUUGUGACUACGGAGGAGACAGAAACACAGGUGCUGCUGCCAGCCCUGAGAUUGUCCCUGUAAUGGUGCUUGCAGGGGCCAUCAGUCACAGAGAUGUCUGAUUCUGCAGGCCCUCAGAUGGGUGUUAGAGGCUAAUAGUUUAAACAGUAACUGAGCAUCUAGUAGGAAGUGGUAUAGCCACCACAAUGAGUGUAGGUCAGAAUCUCCCAGUGGAUGCAUGUUUAGGCUUUGUUAGCAAAUUCAACCCAUGAGUUCUUUGUACUCAAUGUGUAAAUUAGUGUCAUUGUUGCUGGAGGGCCCAGAGUCUGUACAGUGCCUUUUCUGGUCUCUUUGAUUGCUAAAGGGGAGGGAGUACUUUUGAGAAGUUUUGGACACAAAUGCAGCAGAAUUUUCUCCUGACAUAUCCAAAGGGAGUAUGAAAGAACAUGAGGGCUUUUCCUUGUUACCAGUUGCAGUUUUUGAUCCUUCCCAUUGUACUUCUCACUUGUGCACAACACCAUACAAAAGUGAACAGAGCAGAGAACUAAGUCCGUGCUGUUGCCUUUUUUGAGGGAGAAUAUUAAACCAGACUAGAGCUCAGAAUUCUUGUUCAGGUCUACGGUCUCUCAGAGAUGUCAGACGAUGUUUUACCUGGACAAGUCAUAGAGAGAAGGUCCAGAAUAAGCAGCUUUAUGACAACUGUAUUGUUCUUCUCCCAGACCACAAGAUGCCUGUACAGAUUCUCAUUAGAACUAUGAGAUUGCCAGUCCUCCAUGCUCCUCAUAGUUACCACAGAUCUGCACUGCAUUUACAUGACACCUGAAUGUGCUUUUUACUGCCUCAUGGGAAAGCUCUUUACCAGCAUAGAUGGGGUAAUGACAAAUGACUCGGAAAGGUGUGACACAAGUUAUUGUAAUAAGGCUUUACAGAAAGCGAAAGUCAUGAAAAUGAUGCCCAGGGCUUUUUGGCAUCAUCAAAACAGUUUACUUUGGGCAGGGAUUUAUAUUCUCUCAGUUACUAGAAGUUUUGACUGCCCAGACAUCUGGAACAGAGCCAGUGAAGCUCAUGAAGAAAUGUAUCAGAAGAAAAAGAAAAUGUGAUUAAACAUUGGCACCUUAAAACUGUUCUUUCCCCUCCUCCUCCUUUUCCUCAUAUAAGCUGAUCUAUGAACAAGAAAUGAGGUCUGGCAAUUUGUAUAUAAUACACUGUUUCAACUCUCAACAGUGCUCCAGUAAGUGAUAGUGCUUUUGGCAUAAGUGAUUAAACUCCUGCAAGAGAAAAUUAUUAGAAAUCUUUACUUAAUAUUAAAGAUCAGCCUCAGCUAAAAUCUGUAUCCAGACUAUACUUUUUAAAGUUGUUUCAUAAUUUGAACUCAGAUUCGGGUCCUGGACUGUAAUUAAGCAGAGAUUCUGUAAUGACAUGUCUAUUUUCAAGCUCAAUCCCAACUCUACCUACAAUUUCACCUUCAUCCUUCGACUGACGUAUCAAACGUCCAAGAGCCUAGCCAAUUGGGCUUAAUGCAAGCACAUCACCAUAGCUCUAUGGUCACAACUGGACUUGUAUCAAGAGUGCUGAGAUAAAGCCCCAUAUCCCACAUACCUGAGAGUACUUGCUUAGUUCCAAGGUGCACCAUUGCACAGGUGUCACCAUUCCCAGCUCCAGAUUUGGACUUCUGCAAGGUUUGUAAAGCUUGAUGAUGAAUCCACGUUGACUGAUAUCAGCUUCAAGGACCAGAAUUUGAUAGUUGGGCAGUGUCAGAAGACAGAAGUCAUCUCCCGUUGAAUGAUGCCAACUGUGUGAUUGGAGCUUCCUGAAAUCCAGCUUUACUAAGCCAUCCCUGAUGUCAGCCUCAGGAUCAGACCUGAUGUGAUCUUUCUUCCAGAGCCCUUAGGUUGUCCUCUGCCACCCUGCAGGUAACAGACUGAACCUGACACUGGAAGCUCUUCCGAAGUUCAGGGUUUUGCAGUGGUAUCUUUUGGGUACCAAACUCCUGCUUUCCAGCACUACCCUGAAUACUAGAGAUUUUAAGACAGGAUUUUGGCUUUUUGCUUAGUUUUGUGUUUGAUUUUUUUUUUUUCUUCUGUAAAGCAUUAUGGAAAGGGAUAAAUCAUGUUUGUGGAAGAUGGGUCUGGCCCACAGUGUGAAGUUUUUUGUACGAGAGAGCUAGGUCAGUUGUUCUUGGCAUUAUGGAAAAGACCUUCAUGAAUAGACUGACACAUCAUUUGCGGCUCUACAAGAAUCAUUUCAGGAACCCUGCAGUACAUUUCAGUUUUCCUGAGACUAGAGUGUGAAAGCUGUUCCAAGUUUGCAGAUGGCCCCAGUCGUGACAUGGUAUCACUAGCACGUGUUGCUUGUGAACUUCUGUCAGUGGGAGACAAGUGAAUAAAUGUCACUUCUUCUUCCCAUGUAGUUCAGGGGUUUGUGCAGGUCCUGGUAAGUGAAAAUGUAAGAAUGCUCAGAGUGAAAUGGUUGGGCUGGCAAAGAUGAGAAUUCCCUAAUGGAAUGUUAGCUUAUGUGGGAGCUGCCUUACUGGUGGGAGAGUAAACAGAAAUGAGGAUUGUAUUUUACCUUAUAAACCACAUUCCUCUGAGUUGUCCAUCCUGUACUAUCACGUCAGAAAGACUGAAGAACUUCUUUUUUUCACCUUUAGGAGUUCAGAGGAACUUUGGUCUGUGUUAGAGAGAAUCUGUAAGCCCUGCAACAUUUUCCCUUAUUCAGAGUCCAAAUGGUGCAAUCGAAGUCUUUUUUUUUUUUCUUUCUUUAUGAAUUCUGAAAUGCCUGUAGUGGUGAAUAUUGUUUUAAAUUUAUAUAUAUAUAAAUAAAAGAACAUUCUAUAUAAAUAUAUAAAAAUGGAAGGUAAUUAAAAUGAAAGAAUUGCCUAAACAGAUUCCUGCACAUCUGUAAAACUUGGGCUGAUGCAUGGAACCAUUUUCUGCUGCAACUUUGGUAGCACUGAGGGUGUGAGAUCAACUGGCUUUUUGCUCAUAGAGGAGAGGUUAAUUAGUUCUAGCUAAUCUGUGGUGUGCAGAAGACCUGAAUGUGCCUUCCUGAGCAGAACCCUGUCCUGUCAGAAGAGGGAUGAGAUUAGGGGAUACCAGAGACUAAUGUAGCUUUCCACCACAAGCUUCUCCUCAGUGCUUGAAAAUGCAAACAAUAUACUGGAGCAUAUAUUACUUUCAGGCCUGCCCAAGUUUUGCGGUUGUCCCUUUUGCUCCUCUUCAUCUCUAGGAAAAAAUAAUCUCUAGGGUUGGGGAAGGAGCUGUAGCUGAUCCUUAUUUGGUUUAGCUUUUGCUUGCUCCUAAUUGAUGUAAAGGCUUGGUGCUAGCUAAUUCUGCUCCAAGCAAGGAAUGGAAAUCUUGCCACUGAGUUCCCCUGGAGUUGGAGCAAGACUUUUAACAGUCUUGUAAAGAAAGGAUGGCAGGGCACAAAAGCUUCUUGAGGGCUCCAUGCAGCAGCCCAGACUUUAGAUCUUGUUCUUGCAGGCACUAGUCCCCUUUGAAAUAUUAUUUGCUGCCAGGUCAAGGGAAGGGCUGGAAGUCGGACACUGUGAAAAGGACUGUCCUCAUCCCACUGGCCCUCGUUUGUGAUUAUUUCUCCUGCAAGCUCUGAUGGAUUGCAUUUUUGUUAAGCUUUGUUCUUUGUGUGCACUUGCCUGCCUUUGUGCCUUAUUGCUUUUAAAAAAGGAAGAAAAACAAAUGCCACAAAAGAAAGAUGUUUUGCCAGGUCUCAGCCAUGAGAUUAAACUGGAUUUUUUAUAAAAACAGACCUGUGCCUUAGUGAUGUUUUGGAACUUUCUUUUUCCUGGAUUUGGUUUAUGAAUGCAGUGCAAAUGCACUUCUUCUUCUGACAUGGAGUUUGAGCCCUCAUUUUGUUGUGUGAGUGCCAGGUUGUUAAGCUGUGCUUGUCUGUAUUUUGACUGUGGGGAUGAAGGUUAGAGCAUGAUUACGCACUUUUCUGAUUGGAGGUUAUGAGGGCUGCAGCUGCUCUAAAGAUCUGAAAAUGCAGAUCUUUAGAGGCAUUGGAGAUUUCUGUAGAAUUACUAUUAUCUAAAAUGCUUUAAAAUUUCCAAGGGUAGAAUUAAUCUUUUUUCUUACCAUUUCUAGUUCUACCAGGCUGAAGUUUCAGUGAUGCUCAAUCAUGUCCCCCCAUUUAGCACAUCCUGUAGAAUUCUACCUUGCCUGUGAUCGUGUAGAGCAAGUCAGAGCAGAAUAUGGAAAUACUUUGGGAUCCCAGUGCUUGUAGAGGGGAAGACAAGCUGGAACAAGAGAAAUUACUAGGAAGCCUCUGGUGUAUCAUGUAUGCACUUCUGUUGAUUUGGUCAAGUAAGAACUUCAAGAAGUUACGAAUGAAGUUCCCCGGUUCUCUGGAUUCUUGCAGUGCCAUCAUUGAUCCAAUCUCUGAGCUGCAGCAUGCAAGUGAAUAUUAUUAGUAUCUGCCCAUUAUUCUACUCUGGGAACAAAUAAAAAAAGAGAGAGGUUCUUGUGGUUUUGGCCUCAGCGGACAUAACUUUUGUUCUCCCUAAAAAAACAUAUGAAUCAUUAGGUUAAAUAAAAUACUUUUUUUUUUUCCUACUCGGCAGCUGAACUUAGGGCUUGACUCCCUUUCCUACCUCUUUCAUGACUUCAGUUUCCCUUUAGGAAAAUGCCUGCGUUAUUCUUCCUGCUUACCAUGGCAACUGGCACACAAAAUGAGAGAGAAAACCAUGUCUGCUGAACUCUGGAAUUGUUGUUAGCUGUAGUCAAUUGUUAGUUCUGUACGAGAAACAGUAUUUUUGUAUUCUUUGUGCCACAGGGUCUUGCAAAGACUUGGCCAUAAGACAAGAGAAUAAUCUCAAACUGCUCCCUCACUGCCCACAUUUGCAUGGUUAUGAAAAUCAAACAAAAGGCACACUGCAGACCUGCUCGUGCUCCACUCAGCACUGUGCCCUAAACCAAAGUUUUAAAUACACGGUAGUGCUUGAACACAAUUUCAGCCAAUUCCUUUUGCCUGUUUUCCCAACACCAUGAAUUCAAAAGUCUAAUUCUAAGUCAUCUGUGUAAGUUGCACUGGAAGCAACAUCUAUAACAUCUUGGAUACUUUCAGCUAAGCCAAAAGGAGGACGAAGGAAGUUCCCAAACUGGCAGUUGACCAGGAAACAAUCUAACCCAGUGCCAAAAAGUAUUUGAUACUAGUGUCUCAUGCAUCCUCAUUGCAACACAGGAAUCCAGCAGCUAUGGGCAACAGGACAUCAUGCUGGUAUCCCACUGGAUGGAGCUAAAGAUCAGCUGGCAGCAAAGGGAAGGCAGGCAGAACAGGGAAGGAAAUUUAGCCCAGUAAAGGUGACUUAGGCCGAGCUGGUACAAGGCAUCAACAAGAGCAAAAAGAAUAGGAUCAUAAUGGCCAAGUCAGUGAGAUCUCUGAGUUCAUUUUCUGUCUAAGCAGGAUAAACAUUUUGAAGAACUUCUCUCACCACAAGGGUAAUCAUUUUCAGAGUUAAUGAUUAGAAAUGAAUGGGAGCUGAAGAGCUAAGACCUGGCAAGUCCCGAUGCCCUCAAAAGAUGGAUACAGUAUGAGUGUUAAAACAAGAAUGUUUAGUUCACUUCAUAAGAAAAAGGGUAGCUAUUUUCUUGUGUAUUAUUUGCAGACUUUGGUGUAAGAUGAACCAUGUUUUGCAAACCCAGAAAAUACAUAGGAAUUAUUGUGCCCUUUGGGUCCAGAUCCAUCUUGAAACUGGACCUGUUUUCUUCCAUAGCACUUCUGCUACAAGGAGCACAUAUCUCUCUAUCAUUUAAAUCCAUUUUCUGAAAAGACUAGGAAAUAUUUUAUAUCAGUGAGAGGAAAUGACUUCAAAGAAAACUUAGCAGCUGCUUAAGAAUGAACCACAAGGAACAGGAACAUGGGAACAACCAGAGCUGGAGAAAGAAGAACACUCAUGAUGAUUAUUAAACAGGGAGAGUUUCCCAACAAGUAAAACCAGAAAAGGAAAAAAAAAAACCCAAAAUCUACCUGUAAGGUAGACUUAAACCAGUCUGAAAAACAUCAGGUAACAACUUCUUUCCGUCCUCCUUCAUUAGAGUCAGGAAGAAGUUUAUAUCAGAAAAAAAUAGGUGCUCACAAACUGCUUUCCUCACCUUUUUAUUUUUUAUUGUAUUGUGAGUUAAUUUGCUUUAAACAUCAGCAUUCUGACAGCUGAGGUGGAAAAGAGACGUAAAAAGACUUGGCUGGUUGUUUGCAGGGAUUGUUUGAAGCGGCUUGGCUUUACCUUCCCCAGCUUCUGUGCCAGCCACAGUGCUCUGUUAAAGGUGAGAAUUCUUUGGAAAAAUAUAGAGAGGGAAGGUUUUCAGUCCUACAUUCACUCAUAGUCAGUAACAGCCUGGGUAAUCAGAGCAGCUCACUGCUUAUCACUCUUCCAGAGUUUAUAUCAAUUAGUGAACAUGCAAGAACUGUGGAUGACCUUGCCCAUGGCAGAAUUUCACCCUGCGUGCAAGCUAAUACAGACAGAAACACCUUCACCUUUUUUUCUUGUUGAGAAUAAACCCUCAUCAGUCAUCCUCAACUCCUCAUGCAGCCGGAUCUCCUAAAGAUAAAUGCUUGAGAUUACAGGGAGAGUCCUUGCAGGAGGUUCCCAGCAUACCGCACGUUGCACAGGCUUUCCCCAGUUGCCAAAGAGGGCGAGGCUGACCAGGGGUAGGAGAAGGCAGCUUCAUUUAUGAGCUAGUUUUAGGUCAUACUUGGUCCCAAGAAGCAUUUGCUUGGCAUGAGUCCCUGUUGUAAGGAAUGUGAAAAACUAAGAUGCCAGGGCAGUGAGCAGAACGGGGAAUGAUUCAUCUGAGUCAGAAGACAGCAAGCACCACUGACGGUCUGGUGCCAAUUUUCACAAUGAUGUGGGAAGCCAGAUGCAAGCAUGUCACAUAGUGGGCAUUGUAUGUCAUAGAUGAACCAGGAAGGAAAGGAGAAACAGGGACUGAGAGGGUUUCUGCAAAGACAUCUCAUGCAGAAAAAGAAGUGAGGGUAAAGGAAGAUGAUGAUGUAGGAAAUCCUACCAGGAAAACCAGGAGCAAGGCACAAAAGACACAAAGGCAGCCACACAUUGCCCUGUUUCCUGAAGGAUCAGAAGCCUUCAGUACUGCCAGCCACAAAAUUUCAUUAAUAGGAAAGGCAUCAGGUUUUGUUUGUGUGU